AUGGCCGACGAGAAGCCUGAAGCGGUCGCCAGAGACCUGGCCUCAGAACGCUCCUCGAGCCCAGGUUCGUCUCUCAGAAAUGAGUCGGCCGCCGUCCAAGGUACUCCGCCAAAAGACGAAUCUGUUAAGGCCAACAAGGCAGACCUUGAAGAUGGCAGAGAGCUAAACAUCAUCGCGAACCCAGACCUCGAGGAAAAGAAAACGGAAAAGGGAGCGGAGAAAUCCAAAAAGGAGAAGUCCAAGAAGAAAAAGUCCAAGAAGGAGAAAAAGAAGGCCGACCCGGAAGAAGUUCAACAAGAUCCCGAGGAACCUUUCCGACAUUUACCUGACAAUGAGGCCGAGGUUCUCAAGCGACAGGCUCUAACGCCCAAUUUGAAGCAGGGAAUUGCUGCGCUCUACCGAUAUAGCACUGGACUCGACAUCUUCCUCAUGAUAAUCGGGGCCAUUUGCUCCAUUGGCAAUGGUGCUGCUCUACCUCUGAUGACACUGCUCUUCAGUGGCCUUCAGAAGACCUUCUCCGAGUUCUCAGUAGGCCUGAUCGACAAGAGUGGGCUCAGUCAUGGCCUUUCGAAAUAUGUUUUGUACUUUGUAUAUCUCGCUGUCGGCCAGUUCGUCGUCACUUACAUCGCCACCGUGGGCUUCAUCUUCGUGGGCGAGAACAUCUCUACCCGGAUCCGAGAGCAUUACCUCGAGAGCUGUCUACGUCAGAAUAUUGGCUUCUUCGACAAGCUUGGCACUGGAGAAAUCAUCACUCGCAUCACGUCUGACACCAAUAUUAUCCAAGAUGGCAUCUCUGAAAAGAUGGCAAUCACGAUUGGCGCCAUCUCAACGUUUGUGACUGCGUUUGUCAUUGCGUUUGCCACUUCUUGGAAGCUGACGCUGAUUCUUUCGAGUGUUAUCUUCGCCAUUCUCAUCAAUGGGGCUUUAUAUUCUGGCUACAUGAUGAAGACUAGCUCAGAGUCCAUCACAGCUUUUGCGCAUGGUAGCACCCUGGCUGAUGAAGUCCUCAGCUCCGCUAGGACUGCCGUUGCCUUUGGAUUGCAAGACCGGCUGUCUCAGCAGUAUGAUAAACACCUGGAAAAGGCCGAAUAUUACGGCUUCAGGCUCAAAGCUGCCGUUGGAAUCAUGAUUGGUGGUGUCAUGUUGCUCCUCUACAUGAGUUAUGCUCUGGCUUUUUGGCAAGGCAGCACAUUUCUCUUGAGAGGCGACAUAUCUCUCAAUCACGUUCUGGUUGUGAUGAUGACAGUAUUGAUGGGAGCUUUCAACAUGAAUGCCAUCGCGCCUAACGCGCAAGUUUUUGCUUCUGCGAUUAGCUCAGCGUCAAAGCUUUUCGACACCAUUGAUCGUGUUUCGCCCAUCGACUCGGCAAGCGAAGAAGGCGACGUCAUCGAGGGUGUUCAAGGCAAUAUCAGGCUGGAGAAUGUCAAGCAUAUUUAUCCUUCACGCCCCGGUGCUAUCGUCAUGGAAGACGUUACGCUUGAUAUUCCUGCGGGAAAGACAACUGCCUUGGUGGGAGCAUCUGGAUCUGGCAAGAGCACCAUUAUAGGCCUUAUAGAGCGAUUCUACAACCCCGUGGGAGGCACCAUUUAUCUUGACGGGCACGACAUUGCCACACUGAACCUUCGUUGGCUUCGCCGUCAGGUGUCUCUGGUUAAUCAAGAGCCCACGUUGUUUGGAACGACGAUUUUUGAAAACAUUCGUUACGGCCUGGUUGGAACCGAGCACGAAAAUGAAAGCGAAGAAAAACAGCGUGAGCUGGUAAUUGCCGCCGCAAAGAAAUCCAAUGCUCAUGACUUCGUUAGCAACCUAACAGAAGGCUACGAAACUGAUGUUGGUGACCGUGGUUUUCUUCUUUCUGGUGGACAGAAGCAGCGGAUUGCCAUCGCGCGAGCUAUUGUUAGCGACCCAAAGAUUUUACUUCUCGACGAGGCAACGUCGGCUUUGGACACAGAGUCUGAAGGUAUCGUGCAGGCAGCCCUAGAGGCCGCUUCGGCUGGCCGGACUACCAUUGCCAUUGCUCAUAGGCUAUCGACCAUCAAGGAUGCCGAUAAUAUUGUCGUCAUGUCACAAGGCCGGAUUAUAGAACAAGGCACCCACGACGACUUAGUGGAGAAGAAGGGUGCCUAUCAUAAUCUGGUUACUGCACAGAAUAUCGCGGCGGUUCAAGAUGUCGCACGCCAAGAGUCGGAUCUUGUCGAUGAACUUGAAGACGUGCCAAUCAAGAGCCAAUUGAGAAUCGUAGAUGCUGAUGACCUGGAGCAAAACAGACUUAAACGAACUUCCACAAUCAAGUCUCUAUCAAGCAUUGUCCUAGGUGGACGUACUGCUGAGGAAGAUGCAAGGUACAGCACUUGGGCUCUAGUCAUGUUCGUCGCCAAAUUCAACCGUAAUGAAUGGAAGCGCAUGAUAUCUGGUCUCAUCUUUUCAAUACUCUGUGGUGGUGGCAAUCCUAUCUCUGCUGUCUUCUUCGCCAAAGAAAUCGUCGUUCUGACGGCUGCUCUCGUGCCAGAUGCUAAUAUUGGCCAGAUAAGACAUGACGCAUACUUCUGGGCCAUCAUGUUCAUCGUCCUAGCUGUCGGUAUGAUGAUUUGCUAUUCUGGCCAAGGAAUAUCGCUCGCUUCUUGUUCAGAGCACCUUAUUCACCGUAUCAGAUACGAAACAUUUAGAACUUUCCUUCGGCAGGACAUUUCCUUUUAUGAUAGAAAGGAGAACUCAUCAGGUGUAUUGAUGGCAACGCUCUCAACCGAGGCCAAUAACGUCGGUGGUCUUAGCGGUGCUACUCUGGGAACAAUCCUUCUGACAUUAUCGACUCUUCUCACUUCAAUGAUCAUGGGGCUGGUUAUUGGAUGGAAACUGUCACUUGUCUGUACGGCAACAAUCCCCGUCUUGUUAGCUUGUGGCUUCUUUCGGUUUUACUUGCUGCUACGUUUCCAAACAAGGGCACAAACUGCCUAUGCAGCCUCUGCCGCCUACGCCUCCGAAGCCAUCUCAUCUAUUCGUACGGUUGCUUCCCUUACUCGCGAGCAGGACAUUAUGCGCAAAUAUCGUGGUGACAUUGCCGCACAGCGGCGCAAAGGCUUGAAAUCCAUACUUUCAUCGAGCGCCGUCUACGGUGCUGCCCAAGGCGGCACCUUUCUCUGCUUUGCACUUGGAUUCUGGUACGGCGGUACUUUGCUUGCUACUCAUGAAUACGACCUGUUUACCUUUUUUGUUUGCUUCAUGGGCAUUAUUUACAGCGCCCAGUCGGCAGGAAGCUUCUUUUCGCUUGCGCCCGACAUGGGCAGGGCACAUACGUCGGCCUUGGCCUUGAAGAAACUCUUUGACCGUGUACCAAAGAUUGAUUCCUGGUCACAAGAGGGCGAACGUCUCAGCAAGGGCGAAAUAGAGGGCAGAGUUGAGUUCCGUGACAUUCACUUUCGUUAUCCUACACGGCCGGAGCAAGCUGUUCUUCGAGGCCUCAGCCUGACGAUCAAGCCAGGCCAGUAUGUUGCCUUGGUGGGUGCUUCUGGAUGCGGCAAGAGCACGACCAUCUCAUUGCUGGAGCGAUUCUACGACCCUUUGGCGGGUGGUGUCUAUGUCGAUGGCAAAGAUAUCAGUACCCUAAACGUUAGCGACUACCGAUCAUUUAUUUCGCUUGUGAAUCAAGAGCCGACUCUCUACUCGGGGACGAUCAAAGAGAAUAUUCUUCUCGGCACACCCAAGGAAGAUGUCUCAGACGAGGAGCUAGAGCAGGUUUGCCACGAGGCCAAUAUUUACGAAACCAUCGCUUCGCUCCCCGACGGAUUCAACACGCUCGUUGGUAGCAAGGGCGGCUUACUCUCAGGCGGCCAAAAGCAGCGCAUCGCCAUUGCUCGGGCCCUAAUCCGUAACCCCAAGAUCCUGCUCCUUGACGAAGCCACGUCCGCGCUCGAUUCGGAAUCCGAGGUUGUCGUCCAGACGGCCUUGGACAGGGCUGCGGCUGGGCGCACUACAAUCGCUGUUGCCCAUCGCCUGAGCACGAUUCAGAAGGCGGACGUCAUUUACGUGAUUGAUCAGGGCUGUGUUGCCGAGUCUGGAACGCAUCAGGAAUUGAUGAGGAGGAAUGGACGGUAUGCUGAGUUGGUCAAGCUGCAGAGCUUGGCGACGAGCUCGCAAGAGUAG